AUGUCUAGUCAUAUCAAAGAGGCUGCUUUGGCGGAAGCUAAAAGUGUCCAAGAGGCUUCUAAGGGCGUCCUCAGAUCAGGCGCUUAUCUGUACCCAUUCAAGGGAAUAAUUUUCUUUGCAACCCAUAAAGACUUAUGGGGCCCCUUUAUGGCUCGCGCAGGCCGCACCAUCAGUCUAGGCAUGGGUGUAACGUCCUUCAUGUUUUUCUUCACCUACGUGCCUCAAAUGGCCGUGAUGGCAUUCACUAGUGGCCCGCUAGCUGCUAUAUCUGCCGGAUUACUCGUCCUGACUGAAAGUGCCACUUUAACAAAUGUUCUUUCGCGCUCUUUCCUGGUCCAGGAUGCCCUAGUCGACACCUUCGACGGUACGCUCAUCGCGCGCGAACAGGAAGCUCUAGUUGCGCAGGGGCGUCAGAUCAAGCCUCAAUUUGGUGGGAGAGAUGCAGUCGCCAGACUUGGCAAGCUAUUUUCUAAGCCUUUCUCUAAUUUCAAGCCCCAAGCGUUGCUAAGAUCGUUGAUUUUCUUGCCUUUGAAUUUGAUACCUGUCGUCGGAACAGUGUUGUAUAUUCUUGUUCAGGGCAAACGCGUUGGUCCUGGACUUCAUGCUCGGUAUUUCCAGCUGAAAGGCUGGAACUCCCUGGAGCGGGAAGAGUGGGUGGAGAAGAACCGGGGUGCUUACACUGGAUUUGGUAUUGCGGCUUUUGCGCUGGAGAUGAUACCAUUUGCUUCUAUAAUCUUUUCAUUUACAAAUACUGUCGGCGCGUCCUUGUGGGCUGCAGAUAUUGAGAACGCAAGCAAGUAA